UGGAGCGAUAACUCUACUUUCACUUUAACCUUCUCGACCUAAAUAAACGUGAACAUGUCACAGAAAAUUGCAGUCGUUGGCAGUGGUUUGAUUGGCCAGAAUUGGUCAAUGAUCUUUGCUAGUCGGGGAUACAAGGUCAGUGUUUUUGAUGUAGAUCAAGGUCAGAUAACUCGAGCAGAGAAGAACAUUUCAGUGACCUUGACCCAAUAUGAGAAGGAUGGGUUCCUCCGGGGGGAGAUUCCAGCUGCAGAACAGACCAAACUUGUGACUUUCACAAGUUCACUACAAGACUGUCUUUCAGGGGCCAUAUAUGUUCAGGAAUGUGUUCCAGAGAACUUGGAGCUGAAGAAGAAGGUGUUUGCUCAAAUAGAUGAGUUAAUAGAUGGAGAAACACUUGUGGCCAGCUCUAGCAGUUGUCUCCCUUCAUCUGCUUUCACAGAGAGCCUCAAAAACAGACACAACAUGCUUGUAGCUCACCCAAUAAACCCACCAUACUUUGUGCCAUUGGUUGAACUGGUUCCCGCUCCUUGGACCAAACAGGAAGUGAUAGCAAAAGUCAGGGAGCUCAUGGAGAAAGUAGGUCAGUCCCCCAUCACUCUUAGGAGGGAGAGCCUGGGGUUUGCUCUCAACAGAAUACAGUAUGCUGCCAUCAAUGAGUGCUGGAACAUGUACCAGUCUGGCUUACUGAGUGCUGAAGACAUAGACAAGGUCUGUUAUGAUGGCUUGGGACCCAGGUAUGCCUUCAUUGGACCCCUGCAGACUAUGCAUCUCAAUGCCGAUGGCAUUGUGGACUACUGCAAGAGGUAUGCAGAUGGUGCCUAUAAUGUACAAAAAGAGACUUUUAAACCAAUCCCUGUGCAGUAUGAUGUAGAGACAGCAGAGAAGAUCCAGGCUGAAUAUAAUGCUUCAAUUCCAUUGGAUAAAAUUCCAGAGAAGAGGAAAUGGAGAGAUGCAAGACUUGCAAAUUUAGCAAAAAUGAAGAACCAUUUGGAGAAAGACUCAUAGAUGUGUAAUGACUUAAUUAAACCUGUAAAUUUUAGGAUUAUAUUUACUUCUAAGAAGUAUGAUUUCUUUUUAUAAAAGUUGUAAUACAGACACUACACAAAUAAUUAAACAAGACUUAUCAGUAUUUUGUUUUGACAUUUUACAAAAAGAUUGAUAUAACAUAUGGACCAAAUAGAUUUCUUUUAUCUAUUUUGGACGUUGUAUGUCCAAAGACCAUUAAAUAUUCAAUAAAUGUCUGUCUAGAGGAGUGCAUGAUUAUUUACAAAGAAAAAAGAAAAAGAACAACAAAAUCAGCAUUUACUGUAUUUAGAAAAAGAAAAAGAAACAUUAUAUGACUUACCAUUGAGUGCAAACACAGGGAAACUUGGUUUAGAAGAAGAUAUAUAUGUAUAUAUAACACAUAAAACCAAAUUCUUGCAGACUGCUGCUUUUAAAAAACGACAAAACUUAUUACAACCACACCUCUCCCCUGCUUCAUAUCGCAGUAUUAAAAAUGGGAUACAUUUUCCCGUUUCUUUUAACAAAAUUAUGAACAGUGUUUUAACAUAUAAGAUGGAUAAAAGAUAAACCUUCCUUUAACCCAGACUUUGUUAUACCCAAGUUCCUUAUAGGCAAGUUUUACUGUAUUCUUGUAGCCGGUCCUGCACCAAAUGAAUUAGGCAUUGAACAUUCGCAGUGCUUUGGGGUAUUCUUUAAACUAUGUUAGACUGGUUGAAAAGCUAAAAACUUCUAUCAUCAGUGAAAGAUGAAACAUACUCAAUUGCCAACAAACUUAAGCGAAUAGGAUGCGUGAAGAGCAGCAACAAUACCAUUGCCCAAGAAGAUGUAGUUUGAGUAUCCACCCCACUUCCUACAAUUUACACGAGGAACCAACAUUUUAAAAAGUAUAUUCUGGUAUAUUAUUGGGUAGUUAAUAUGUAUCUUGUUAUGAAAUAAACAUCAUUUUAUGUUGAUCUUACAAAGAAAGAUCAAAUCUAUUUUUAUUCCUAAAAUAUUCUCUUUUAAAAGCUAAAAUAAACCAAUAUUUGACAUUGGUUCUUUGCAAUUUUCCUUAUAUAUGUCAAAGAAGUACAAGUUUAUCUAGAUAACAGUUUCAUAGCUGUGGAAAACAGAGAACUGACGUAAUGUUCGAUAUCUGUAAGGCACAUGUAUAUGACACGUUAUGCAUUAACAUGCUAUAGUAUAUGUUCUGAAGAAAAAUGUACAUCAAAGGAUUUUAAAUUUAUUUUUUGAUUUAUUGUGAUACAUAGUUAUAAACACACAUUAUAUAAUCAAUUCCCGGGGUUUUGUUGUCUUUGGAGAAACAUAUUAAUUACAAAAAACACAUUACUCGAACCCAUUUAUACUGAAACCUGUAGUACUUCUGAAAGUUAGCCUUUUCUACAUGAGCUAUACAUG